AUGCGAUACCUGUUUGAUGCCACCAGAGCUGGCACCUUAUCGUUGCGAGACUUCGGCCUGCCGGAGAAGCCCUUGUGGCAAGCCCUGCAUCCACCUCAGCGCCAAAAACGAGCCGAAGACUUCUUGGUCAGAGAGAUCGACCAGCAGGGCUAUGUUUGCGAAGCAACCUGCCAGCAACCGCCAAAUAUCGAGGACUCCGUGGAGCAAAGCGGCUGGUCGUUUGUUCUCACCAAGUACUGCUGCUCCACGGAGUCAGCCCUUCGGCGGCUGAGCAAGGCUGCCGGGAUCAGAAGAAGCAGUCUGCAGGUGAGCGGCCGCAAAGACACCUUUGCCUUGACGUCGCAGCGGGUGCAGUUGCUAUCGGAGGCGAGGGCUUUCUCGGUGGCACAGCUGCCAAGUGACCUUUGGGUGUCUGGCUGGAGAAAGGGCUGUCAGCCCUGGCAUCAGGGCAAUCAUUUCCGCGUCUCGCUGUGGUGGAAUUCGAAUGGGCCGCUGGGCAGGGAGCGAUUGCUUCUGCAGAAGGUCUUGGCCGAAGUCGCGGUUUCCGGAUUCACCAACUUCUAUGGGCCGCAGCGGUUUGGCUUGAUGGCGCACGCAGCUGGCCGGCACUUGUUGCGAGAGGAGCAUGAAGAGGCCAUUCGCAGCCUUCUGUCGAGCUAUGCAACGCUGAGUGGUCGCAAGGGCUUUUGGGAGCACCAGGAGGCCAUCGAGCGCUUCCUGGCUGGAGGUAGUGCCAUCGAUGCCCGGCGCGCAGUGAUGCGGGCCUCUGGGGGUCGUUGCCUGGCUGCAAAGUGGCUGGAUGCUGCCUGCCACACGGAUGCAACGAGCCUCUGGGCCACCAUGGGUCAGGAUAGGAAGUUUGCCACAGAGGCCGUGUCCUCGCUCCUCUGGAAUUAUUUGGCGGCCUUCAGGGUGAUGCAUUAUGGCAAUGCUGUUGUAGCUGGCGACGUUGUAAAACGGUUGUCCACUAGCGGCAUGGAGGUGACCAUUGUGCAAGCUGGAGAGGAACCCCUUUUCAGUCUCAGUGACGUGUACUUGCCCCGGCUUUUGUCCGGAGAUCCAGGGGUCCCAGCGUCUCCUCGUUACGAAGCGUCCGAGGGCCAGCCGCUGCGGGGCGCUGCCUUUGUGUUCCCUGCGCUCCCAGAGCUGCGGUGCUAUGCCCGGGACUUGCUCCGCAGCUGGGGCCUUCCCGAGUGCCCUGAGCUUUCGGAGCCGCGGUCUCGAGCCGCCGCCUGGCUCGAUGGGCCCCGACUCGGCGCGCCCUUCCGCGCCUUGGUCUGCCGGCCUCGAGUGACCGCCAGCUUCCGUCGUCUUCCUGCAGAGCUCACCUUGGCCGCUGAGUUUCGCACUGUGUGUGGUGACGUGUUGGGUGAGCACGAAGCAGCGCGGAAUCUGCAAUUGGAGUUUGCAUUGCCCGCCGCCAAGCAGGACGUUGCACAUCGAAUGAGGGACUCUUGCACCGAACUGUGGGUCGCAGGAUUGCAAGCCUUACAGGCUGUAGCCCUGCAGCUCCAUUUGAAAUUCGGUGCAGGCGAAUGCUACAUUCUUUUGGCCGGCAAGCAGGACACAGCCCAGGGAUGCAGUCAGAUCCAGCUCCGCCGGCCCCGGGCUCGAGAGCCGGAGAAUGACACGGACGAGCUCGGCCAAGAGUGUCAUCCUUUUGUCGCCCUCUGCGACAGCAUGAAUCAGCUUACGGACAAGCUUCGCGGCAUCUUCCACUCCUUGAGGAACGAGGAGACGGAGAAGGAGCUGAAGCGGCAUCCGCUCUUGGCAUCCCUUGCAGAGUCGGUGCAUCGGGAGGCGAUGCAAAUGCUGGACGAGCCUUUGAAGCCGGUCCCGGUGAAGCCCAAGUUAGAGGUGGCGGCAAACCAGGUGCCAGCGCCAGCUCCUACGGUGCAGACCACCACCGUUGGCCAUUCGCCGCCGGCCCGGCAUGUGGAGGCCGAUGCGCGUGCGACAGCCAGAGCUCCCAAGUCGCCGCCGACUCCAGGCUGCGCUACAGCCGCGCCGGAGUCUCGGUUUGGAGGGCGGAGAACUCGCCCGAGACAGCAGACUGUCAGGAGGGAGACGGCAUCCCAGCGCAAGAGAGCUGCUUCCAAAGAGUCGGGUCCAGAGCGGCUGAAGCGCUUGGGUCUGGUCGGCCUCCCUGAGCGGAAGGCUGAGGCUGAGGGUCAGCCCACAAGGAGAGAUCUUCCCGCUCCGCGGAAGCGAGCGGCAUCCAGAGAGUCUGGACCAGAGCGGCUCAAGCGCUUGGGCUUGGUUGGCAUUCCGCAGAAAGACGAGGCAGCACAGCCCGGAUUGAGGCGGCUGCGGCGUUCUGAGUCUGAGGAGGAUAGAAGUGGAUGCAGGCCGUUGUCUGCAAAGCGUACUCCCUCGCAGCGCGUUGGCUCAAAGAAGGCUCAACAGGUAAGUGAUGCGGUGGAGAAGCGUGAAGAAAAAGAGAAGACUGACAAAGGCGACAAGGUGAGCUGGGAAGCAGCGCAGGGAUUGAGGCGGCUGCGACGUUCUGAAUCUGAGGAGGAUAGAAGUGGAUGCAGGCCAUUGUCUGCAAAGCGUACUCCCUCGCAGCGCGUUGGCUCAAAGAAGGCUCAACAGGUAAGUGAUGCGAUGGAGAAGCGUGAAGAAAAAGAGAAGACUGACAAGGGCGACAAGGCAGACAAGGGUGACAAGCCCGAAAAGGCCGACAAGGAGAGCGUUAGCAAGAUGGAUGCCGAUUUCAGGCGAAUGCUGCAAUGUGCAGCCUUAGAGGCUGCGCACACUCGCCGCGUGAUCAGCCUCUCGGAAGGUGAGGCGCGCCACCCCAGCGGCCGGAGAGAAACCCAGGGGCGCCUGGCAGAUCGAUUACGCGCGGCUACUUUGAACAGAGCCAGGCUGACGCGGCAGGCCAGGCGCCAGGCGAUGCAGUCUGUCCUGGAUAGUUCGGGAGAGUCAUCCCGUCGCCAGGACAGCACCUCGUUCUUGACCGACGCUCACUGGCAGCGCAUCGGGGAGGUCCUCGCUGAGCAACGCUGGCUGCGGCAGGAAGUCCCAGUGCGACCAAGGACGAUGGAUUGGUCAAUGGCAACUCCACCUUCUGGCUGGCCCAGGCCCGAGGUGCUGUGGUCGAACACUCGGCCAACCUCACAGCCUGAAAGGGGCAGACCACCCAGCCGCGGUGGAGAGUCCUGGCAACCACUCGGGCAGACCACUCCGCCAGCUUACGAGCAGGUUACCCCAGAGCUGCUGUCGCUGUGGCAGAGCCAGGAACAUCCAGAAGUUAGCCGAGGCUAUGUGGAAUCUGAUCAUGAAGCUAGCAUUGCUGCAGGGGAUGAGUCGUCUCAGAUCGAAGAGGAGGUUUCGAAGGAGACCAGUCAAGGUGCUAGCGAGGCCAUUGCGCUUUGCUUGGCUUCCAGAUGUGCGGAAGGCACGGAGCGAUGCACGGAGCGAAUUGUGGGGAAGCUACUGAGCAAUGGUGGUGGCCAGGCCAAAGCCGUGCGGCCGCAGCCUCGACCCAUGCUGUUUGGGCAUCUCAGGUCCUCUACUGGGGCGGCCAUCGAGCCCGCUCUUUGGCACCCAACUCCGGUUGUGCCCCCCUUCAUUGACAUCUUCAACGAGGCGGACUCGGCGCCGGAUGGCUCCAGCGCCGAAAGCGAGCCGGUGCAGCCGUCUCCGAGGAGGCCAGUCCCGCAGAAGUCAGAAGUGCCAUCAAGCAUGGCCCAGCCAGAAGCGGCCAAAGAGGCUGCCAAGGCGGUGGUGGACAAGGAGGCGGAAGCCAAGGACUCGGAGCCGAUCACGGCAUCUGCCGAGUCAGGCAGAAGCGAGAAGAAGGCGUCGAAGGAUUCAGGGCCUCCGCGCCCCCCAUCGCCACCGCCUGAUGUGCGCUCUCUUCCACCUGAGAGCACCUCGCAGCAGACGGCAUCGCGGGCAAGAGGUCGGCAGGAGACCGCGGAGGUGAUCUCCCAGGAGCUGCUGGAGAUCCUCCUGGGGGAGGCUUUGCAGGAGUUCGAGCCGGUGAGGCUCGAGCCCAGUCCUGUCGAGGAAGCGCGCGUGAGCAUUGGUUCCACUGCUGCAAGCCCACUUCCAGCAGGACCACGACCCGUGGACACCUCUGAAACCGUGGUUGGGCCCUUCCUGGAUGCUGCGUUCCAAUACUUCGGCGUGACCGACGAGGCGCAGCCGAUUUCUGUCCCGAUCCCGCCGGUGGAGGAGUGGCUGCCUGCUGUGCGAGACCUCAUGAAAGGUGACCAGGCAGCGGAACCCAAGCGGGAGGAGCCGGAAGCCGGAGAGGACAAGGAGGAUGAAGAGGAUGUAGAGAGCUUCACAAGACUGCUCGCUGAUGCUUUGCACGAGAUAGCUAGCGAAGAAGUGAAGGAGCAGGGGCCUCGCAUCAUGGGCUGGCGCCGUCCGUGCUUCGGGGAAGCCCCCUUGUCUCGUUUCCGCGAGAAGCAGGCGCGGGAGGGCCAGAAUCCUUCGGAGAAGCAGACCUGGGAGAAGGUGCGAGCCAGGCUGAGGGAAGCCGUGCGCUUCGGCUCCAGGGCCGAGGCGAGCGAAGACUCGGUGGGCCGAGCACCGAUGGAUCCUGACUCAGUCACUCCAGGUGCUCCGAACUUGGCCAACGCCGAAGAAGGUGUCGAUGCUCUGCUGGAGGAGGAGAUAUGCAGUGACGAGGCGUCCUGGCUGGACAUCAAGGGCGAUGUCCAGACGGUCAAGAAUCAGGUUGCUCGGAUGAUCUUCAUGGAUCUUGUGGACGAGAUAGCUACCGAGAUUGGUUGCCUUUGGUCCGCAUGA